AUGUAUGACCAAGAAGCUAAGAGGGCGAUUUUGGGAGCGCGUUCGGAAGCGCUUUUAGGAGCGCAUUCGGGAGCGCUUUUAGGAGCGCAUUCGGGAGCGCUUUUAGGAGCGCAUUCGGGAGCGCAUUUAGGAGCGCAAUCGGGGGCGCAUUCGGGAGCGCUUUUAGGAGCGCAUUCGGGGGCACAUUUAGGAGCGCAAUCGGGGGCGCAUUCGGGAGCGCUUUUAGGAGCGCAUUCGGGGGCACAUUUAGGAGCGCAUUCGGGAGCGCAUUUAGGAACACAACUGCCACCUCCACAGAAAGCGCAACCAACACCACUUAUAACGGGAACGCUAACGCUAUGUGAAAAGGAUUCUAUUCAAGACAAAACAGCAUUUAUGCUUCCAUUCACUAUGAUCAUCUCGGGCCCCAAAGCUAGUGGUCAGGAAUUUAAGGCCAGGAAAGUCCAAGAGCUCAUGAAAAAGGAGGAAAUCCAUUACUUUCCUACCCAAAAUGAAACAAAGGCGUCGACAUCAGAAAGGGCCAUUUUGACUAGAAGGCCCGACUCAUGCGCUACUUAUCGCUUAGCAAGAGAACAGCUACAACUUUUCCUGAAUAUAUCAGGAAAAACAAAAGUUGUGCGUGUAAACGAGGGAAGCACAAUUGAAGAAUUGUUUAAGGAGUGUGGCAAAGUUUCUGGAAUCCCGAAAGAAGAAAUACGACUAAUUAAAGGAAUACAUGAAUUGAGAUGUAACGAUAGCUCGGGCAACAUCACCUACUUGAAAAAUUACGGCAUCGACAAUGAAUCCAAUUUGUUCUUAGUUAUGCGCCUGAAAGGGGGGUCAGCUGCAUAUGGUACAGACUUUAAGCUGACAAUUACAGAGGAUUCUUUCUAUGGUGAUAAAGAUGGGCCAAAAACAAGGAUGUCAUGUUCUCACGUUGUUGGGCCAGAGUCAUUGACGAAUUGUGUCAACUCGCAACUGGGCGAUGGAAAAUUUGAAUUAAAAUGUCCACUUUGUAAUGAGCUGUGGUCGAAUAUUGAAAUCAGGAAAAAGGCAUUGUUAACAAAGAAAGACUAUUCCGAUAUGGAACAAACAAUUUCUAAAAAUUUCAUAAAUUCUAAAGGGUCCGAAAUUAAACAAUGUCCAGGAUGUUCCACUUUCUGCUCAAGAAUCGGAAAUCAUCAAAGACUUCACUGUAGAUUGUGCACAAGCAAUAAAAAAACAGCUUUUGAUUUCUGUUGGAUUUGCCUACGAACAUGGAAGUCAACAAGUUCAGAUGGAUGCGGAAAUUUUAACUGCGAUAAAAAGACACCCGUUCUGCAAACUUUAAAAGAGUGUGACAGAAAAAUCAUCGUUGGGGUUCCAAACUGCCCUUCGAUUCGAGCCUGUCCCAAAUGCGGACAAUUGAUAGAACAUACCGAAGCUUGCAAACACAUGGCUUGUAGGUGUGGACAAGAGUUUUGUUUUAUAUGCCUAAAGAUGAAAGAUUCAUCAGGAAAAUUCCAAUGCGGAUCAUACAAGACAAAAUGCGCCGUAGCUCCAGUGCAGACAACUAUAAACGAAUAAUAGUAUGUAGACACUAGAAGUGCUGAAGUUCAACGCAGAUAGAGCUGGAAACACAACCUUAAACAUAUACCUAUGUGUUUUGUUUUUUGUUUGCUUUAUUUUGUGUGUUCAUGUUCUAGUCUUUAGUUUGUCAAUAAUCAGUCUGGGCGGAAGAAAGAGUGAUGUGUUGUCUGUUUGCGUUGUUUGUGCGUUUGUAUCUUUUGUUCAGUGUCAUUAAGGCCCUACCUUGUUCCUUUAAACAUGAUUUAUAAUAGUGUUGUUGUUUUUAGUUUUUAUAAAUGAACCCGUCCCUUUACUUUUCAUUGCAUUGUUUUGAUAUGUUGUAAUUAUACAUAUUAAGGUUUAUUGUUUAAGAAGUCCGCAAUGCAAAAAGGUUGUUUUAAAGGACAAAAACAGAAACUCUUUAAAAACCGUGUGUGUUUAAUGUGAAAAUUCCUUAAUAAUAAUCAUUGUAUUUUGACUAAUGGGGUUUUCCCUGUAAUUUUCAUUGUACUUUUACCGUUUGUUCAAAUAAUACAGAUUAAGGUAUAUUAGACUAUUUAACUUCAACAGUUGUACGGAAACGAUUUUGAAAUUCAUUUAAGAAUCAGAUACUGACAAAACAACAAUUUUGGACAAAAAUGUAGCAAAAUACGUAUCGUUUUAAAAAGGAACAUUGCUUCGGGCGUAAGGCCACAUUUAUCUUUGGUAUUUACUUCACACUUAGACCAGGCUGUUCAUAAUCCACCUGUUCAUAUUGUACAUGUUUGAUAAGCACGAAAAAUACCAUAUUAUACAGCACUUCGCACUUUUGUCUCAUUAAGAAACAUGACUAUUGUAUUGAGAAGCAUUGUACAAAUUUCAUAGAUCCGCUCCAUGUAAAUGUAGACAUGAACUACAUUGUCAUUAAUCGCACUUUGUAUCCUGAUUUAAAAAAAAUCCUCUCUGUCUAAAAAUGGUUUGCUUAUUAUUAAUCAGAAUUGCAUGUACCUUGUUUUAAAUGACAAAUUAGAUAAUAAAAAUCACAGACAGUUGCUUGACAAAUGAUGAUAACU